UUCAGUAGUGCGGGGUGGCGGGUGGUAUGAUGAUCAAAACGAAAUGAUAGGAUCAUGCCAAAUACAUGAUUCCUCGGAGAUCUCGCCCUUCGAAGUCUCUCCAUAGACCUAAAUGCUCCAAACGCUCCGUAAGAAUAGGGUUAUCAACAAUCCGAGCGGCCCUCUUCUCUAUGGAGUCAAAUGGAAGUAAACGGUUGGUCCAUGGACGAAAGUAUCAACCUAGCGAUGUUUUGUUGACAUUGUUGACAAGCCCAACUUUGUGCUUAAUUUGUCAAAACGUAAAACAGCUGCGCUAGUGUUCACUAUUUAAAUCUUAAAAACGAGAAGUUAUGGAAUUCAUCGAACUUAUUCAUAUUAACAAACUUAAUGGAGUUAUUCUUAAAUAUCCACGUCAAGAUAAUAUAGACGGUACGGUGUGCAUCACCGGACAUCAUCUUAUAUUGAGCUCCAGAAAAGAAGGCGUUCAGGAGUUAUGGUUACUGCACAAGAAUAUAGACAGCAUAGAGAAAAAAGAAAACAAACCAAGCAGUGGCAUCACACAGGGUGGUUCUCUGUUCCUCAAAUGUAAAGACUUGAGAAUUUUUCAACUGGAUAUUGCCAGUAGUACUGAAUUAAAUUUAAUGGCACAGACCUUAGAGAAUUUAUCAAGUUUGCAAGAUCCGAGUCUGUUUUACCCAUUCUUUUAUAGACAUAUGAAUCCUAUAGUUGAGAACGGAUACACUUUAUAUAGUAUAGAAGAAGAAUUCACUAAAGUACUAGCAACGGAAGAGUGGAGAGUAUCCAGAGCAAAUCAAAAUUACACAAUGUGUUCAAGCUACGGUAAAGCUGUGGUUGUACCGAAAAACAUCGAUGAUGAGACCCUAGUAGCUGCUGCUACAUUCCGUCAAGGAGGCAGGAUUCCUGUCCUGUCAUAUAGGCACACUAAUGGUGCAGUGUUGAUGCGAGCUGGACAACCAUUAUAUGGGCCUAAGCACCGUCGAUGUAGACCCGAUGAGGCGAUACUAAAUGCAGUUGUUGCUAUAGGAACCAAAGGCGUUAUAUAUGAUUUACGAAGCACAAAUUCCAUUUCACAGCAACAGAGUAAAGGUGGUGGUACUGAAAGUAAUGCCAAUUAUUCUCAAUGGAAAAUAUACAACAGAUCAAUGGAUGAAGUGGACAACCAACAACUUUUGGAAAGCUAUUCAAAACUCAUUGAAGCGUGUAACGAUCGCGAGAUAUCGUGUGACAAGUGGGUGUCCAAACUUGAAUCUUGCGGUUGGCCAGAGAGCGUCAGAAAUUCACUACACACGGCCUGUAUCAUAGCCCAGCACAUACAUCAGAAGGCGGAACCGGUGUUAGUUCACGGCACCCGUGGGGAAGACGCGACGUUGUUAGUUUGUUCAUUAGUACAGAUCAUACUCAAUCCAGACUGCAGAACGAUUAGAGGGCUCCAAGCGUUGAUAGAGCGGGAGUGGCUGCAGGCUGGUCACCCGUUCGGCGCGCGUCACCGCUGCGGGCCGUACGCGGCGGGCGCUCCUCGCGCCGCCCCCACGUUCCUGCUGUUCCUGGACUGCGCGCGGCAGUUCCUCGAGCAGUUCCCGUGCAGCUUCGAAUACCGACAGUCCUAUCUGAUAACGCUCUUCGAACAUUCGUAUGCCAGUCAGUUCGGUACGUUCCUCUGCGACACGGAUCAAGAGCGGCAGUCCCGGGGCGUGUACACCCAGACCACGAGCGUGUGGUCGUGGCUGAACCAGCCGGGCGAGCUGCCCAAGUACAUCAACCCUCUGUACGAUCCGACGCCGUCUGUCAUAUGGCCUUCGGUCGCUCCGAUGAGCUACGUCAUUUGGGAAGAGCUCUACCUACGCUGGAUGAUCGAACAAAACACCGAGGACCGCGAGGAACAGUACAAAGUGAUCAGAUCCAGGGAGCAGAAGCUGCGGUCGCAGGCUCAACAACUCAGACGGGAGCUCUUCGACUUGGCUCAACAAUAUUACGAACCUAAACAGGAGACGUGCGAUAAGUAAUCAUGUCUACUGGUUUUUUAAAUGGAUUUUAUGAAGGGGUAACUAAGACCUUUAAGUCAUGUCUUAUUUUAAUUUAUAUAGUUAUUUUUAUGAAAAAAUGAUAAUAUGGAGUGAAAUGAAAUGAAGAUGGAUAAUUUGAGACAUUAAUCAACUGGGAUGAAAUGAAAUGAAAUUAGAUGAUAUGGAAUGAAAUAUAAUUCCAGUAAAAUUGUGGUCAUUUACUGAGAUUUUUUCAGUGGACUUUUUGGAGGAUCCCGAGAAGUUACGUCCAGCGGCUUUGUUUCAUUUUCCCACAUUUGUGCACUUUCACAGAUAUUAAACGGUUAAUAAAACACCGUUAUUACACAUUUAAACCUGCAGGAAAACUAAAUAGACAAAAUAAAACAAAUCACACAACUUCAUUCCUCGCGUUCUCGCUAAAAAGUUCCUCUCUCUCUGCUGGUAACUGAAUCAGCCAUGUUAAUUUGUCAAAAAUAUGAUAUGCAAAGGAAUGUGGUAGGACGCGGAUUGGCUGUGCCCCUGGCAUUGUUGAUGUCCACGAGCGACGCUGGCAAUUUACCAUUGGUUACGCUCGUCUCACAAUUAUAAUAGUAACAAAGGCCUAUCAAAACUGGUAGGGUCUUUUCGUAUGUUAUAUCGUAUAUGUUAUUUUAUGUACAGCAAAUAUCGAUUUUUGAAAGCUGCAUCAAAAUCAAAAGAUUAAUCGGUUAUGAAAAAGAGGAUACGCGGUCAGCACUAGCUAUCUCUUUCGCACGCCCGCACUUGUAACCGUGACGUCAUGAAUUAUGAGUACAUUAUAAGACCUAUAGUUGCACUAUCGAAUUUAAUGUUCAUCGAAACUGUCUUAUAAUGUUCUUGAUAUUUUAGAUUUUUGAGAACAACUUUUUGAUUAUAAUGUUUAAGAACAAAAAAAAUCCCUACUGUUUUGUAAUCUUAGACCUCUAUUUUAAAUUACGGAAAAACUACUAUUCAAUUAAAUGUUGAUCGAUAACUGGGUCGACAACAGGGUUUCCUGUCUACAUGAUUAUUUAAUUAAAUUUCGCACUUUUUUUUUAUAACCCCAUCUUGUUGUGUCUUUAAAGCAGUAAAACUAGUAUUAUUAUUCGCCAAUAGAUGUCGGCAAGAGUCAAAAAGUUGGUUAUCGAUAAAGUUGAUUAUUGAAAACACGAAUAAAACAACAUUUUCUGAAAAUAAAUCGUAGCUAGAUCGAUUUAUUGCCCCCGAAAUCCCCUGUAUACUAAAUUUUAUGAAAAUCGUUGGAGCCGUUUCCGAGAUUCAGAUUAUAUAUAUACCUAGUCAGGUCAUAAAUUCUGUCACAUGUUUAAUGUAAAAUAAUUGAAACAAGUUUAUUCAUUAUGUAACCAUUCAUAUACCAAAAUGAACUUAACAAAACAUAGAUUCUUAUGACACUAAAGUUUAUUCAAAAUGACCUCCGUGAUUUUGAAUACAGGCCUUCAAUCUGCGCGGCCAGUCGUCUAUCGCAGCACGAACGAGGUCCAUGUCAAUAUCGGCGGCUGCCUUAAUCAAGGAUGUCUUGAGUGACUCCAAAUUGGGAUGAGGCUUUGAGCACGUCUUUUCCUGCAAGUGUUGCCAUAUCUUGUAAUCUAACAGAUUCAAAUCUGGACUGGAGGAGGGCCAGUCUUCGUGCCGGAUGAAGUCGAUUUCACGCGCCGCCAGCCAGUCUUGUGUGCUCUUCGCUCUAUGAGCUGGCGCCGAAUCUUGUUGGAAUACCCAGUGCCUGUUAUUGAACAUGGUAUGAGAAACAGGUUCUACAAGGUUCGUCAGGACUGUAUUUUGAUACAAACUGCAUUCGUUUUUACACCUUUCUCACAAAAAUGUACCUCUGUUAAGCCCCAAUAAGAAACUCCCAACCAUACCAUGAGCGAGGAUGGAAAAUGACCUCGUUGGACACGCGAAAAACGGUUGCCCGCUCCUUCACUACUGUGUGCGUACACCUUAUCAUUUUGUUUGUUGUAGCUCUAUUCUACGGUAAAAAUUUUUUCAUCCGAAAAAAGAAUUUCCCGAUAUUUUUUUCCCGCGUACCGCUUCAACAAAGCGCGGCAUCUCUCCAGUCUCAGGUCCAUUAGACGAGCAUUCAAACAAUGUCCUGUUUUUCUUCGAUAUGCCCGAAGCCCUAAGUCUUCAUUUAACACCCUUUUCACCGUGGUUUUGUUUAACCCCAUCUGAAGGGCCAACAGUUUCUGCUUACGUUUGGGAUUUCUUUGAAUACGCGCCUUCACAGCUUUUAUCACUGCUGGAGUCCUAACAGACUGAGGACGACCACUUCUUGAUCUGUCAUCUACUCUAGUCUUCAUUGUAUCGUUUGAUGGUACGAUAAACGAAUCUUUUGGUUAUAUUCAAAUUUUUCAGUAUGUUAAAAAUUUGAAUUGGCGCGUAACCGCAACGAUGCAACGCAAUAACUGCAACACGGUCUUCUUUAAGCGUCCACUCCAUAUUUUUAAAAUGAGUAAAAUUCUAAAAGUAUACAUUUUUAUUUUCAUGAACAAUUCGAAAUUCGAAUUCAAUAAACUUUUUUGUGGCCAGCAUUCUAAAAGAAAAGUUUUUACUGUGUGACAAUACUUAUGACCUGACUAGUUAUAUACAAGAAUUGCUCGUUUAAAGGUAUAAGAUAUUACUUAUACUUAUACUACCUAAUGAUUUUUAUUCACCAUCGAUAUAUUGUAUGUGAGAAGAAAAUUAUAGAACCGAUAUUGCAUCGCCUGUUAAUGUUGUCAAUUUUAAAUAUAUCCUACAAAGCCGUUCUCGUUCUGAAAGGAAUAGAGACAGAAAAAUAAAAUCAUUUGCCUUGUAACGUGGCCAGAAAAUAUCAAGGGUAUUUUGAUCUUUAUUUAGCUAGUCAAUAGGGUUCAUUGCGGCCUAAACGUUCCUUAUACAUAAGAUAUAAUCGUUUAAUAGAUUUCUAUAAUACGAUGUUUUAUAGUAUUAACGUGAUGGUUUCUUUGAGUGGUUUCUUUGAAAGUAUAGUUGCAACGGCUUUCCCACCCUUCAAA